AACGAGUACCCCCUGUCCCCCCAACGGCGUUGAAUGGAUUCUCCCAAUUGGACCGUAUUGGAUGCCAAAAACAUUUGGUCCUUUUUCAGAGGCUGGAAGCACCGUCCGUGCUAAUAAACUAUCUGACAGUGGUGAUUUCGCCGCCACUAUGGGCCUCUUCUCCCAAAUGCAUGGGCCUCCUCCCGACCUUGCCGAACUUUAUCUUCUCGGUACCCCAGAAUCUUUUAAUCGAUUGGAACAAAUCAUCGCUUCAACGGACCACCUUGCACAACCAUUCAUCCAAGCCAUGACUUCUUGAACCUGCAUAACGUUUAUGGUGAUAGCCUGAUUAGCGG